UCUUUUCUUUCCUUCCUUCCUUCCUUCCUGCAAAGCAGGCAUGGCGGCUCCAGGGCUUUGGAGGGCAGUUGUCCCCAAUCUUGGCCGCUUCAGCUCUUUGGCGCGGAUGUCUUCCUCUUUUCCUCUUCCUGCUUCCACCGUGAUUGCGCAGAAAGUGCCUCCCAAUGAUAUGAGUGAAAUGUUGCUGACGGAGCCCUUGAAGCACCCCGACUACUUCAACGUCCAAGAGCUCUUCUCCCUUAAGGACCUUUUCGACGCCCGGGUCCACCUGGGCCACAAGAAGGGAUGCCGCCACAGGUUUAUGGUGCCUUACAUCUUUGGCUGCCGUUUGGACCAGGACAUCAUCGACCUGGACCAGACGGUGGCACACCUCCAGGCCGCCCUCAACUUUGUGGCGCACCUGGCCUUCCGCAAGGGCAUCCUCCUCUUCGUCACCCGCAACCGCCAGUUCUCCCACCGGGUGGAGACCGCGGCCAAAGAGUGCGGGGAGUACGCCCACGCCCGCUACUGGCAAGGAGGGCUGCUGACCAACGCCCCCAUCCAAUACGGGGCCGGGGUCCGCCUCCCGGACGCCGUCCUCUUCUUCGGCACGCUCAACAACGCUUUCGAGGCCCACUUGGCCGUCCGUGACGCCGCCAAAAUGGGCAUCCCCACCGUCGGCGUGGUCGACACCAAUUGCAACCCGGACUUGGUUUCGUACCCGAUCCCCGGCAACGACGACAGCCCCUCCGCCGUCGAGCUGUACCUGCGGCUCUUCAAGGUGGCCAUCCUGCGAGCCAAGGCCAAGCGCCGGCAGAUGGAGGUCCUCUACGAGGCGCGGAGCCAGCAGGAGUGACCGUGCGGCCUGCCUUGCAGGGUUGGCGUUGCGAGAGAUUACGCAGGACUUUGUGUGCGGACUUGAACCGAGUUGGGAGUUCCAAACACCUACCAAAUCUAUCUCAGUGUUUCCCAAACUCAGGCCAUUGGAGUGUUUUGGACUUCAGCUCCCAUCAGCAAGAAAGAAAGCAUGACUUUCUGUAGACUGCAUUUGAGUUGGGGAUUCUGGGAGUCACAGUCCAAAACGCUCGGCUUUUCGUAACUCUGAUCUUCUGGGUGUUUUGGAAAGAAAGAAAAAUCAGUAUUUCCCAAACUACGGUAUUUUGAAUAUUUUUGAUUUCAGAUUCCAUUGGCAAGAAAGAAAACAUGACUGUAUUGACUUGAGUCAGGGAUGAUGGGAGUUGCAGUCCAAAACUUUGUUUUUCCCAACUAGUUUUUUUAAAUAUUUUUUUUAUUUCCGAUCCCAUUGGCAAGAAAGAAAACAUGGCUUUAUAGACUCUGGUCAGGGAUGAUGGGCAUUGCAGUCCAAAACUAUAUCUCAGUGUUUCCCAAACUCAGGCCAUUGGAAUGUUUUGGACUUCAGCUCCCAUCAGCAAGAAAGAAAGCAUGACUUUCUGUAGACUACCAUUGAGUUGGGGAUUCUGGGAGUCUCUGGGGUAUUUUGGACUUCAGCUCCCAUCAGCAAGAAAGAUAGCAGGACUUUAUAGACCUGGGUUAGGGAUUAUGAGAGUUGCAGUCCCAAACUCUCCUAAUCCCUCUCAAAAACUACAGUCUUUUGUGUGUUUUGGACUCCAGGUCCCAUUGGCCCCAGAUAAACGUAACUUUUCAUAGACUUGAACUAAGUGGGGAUCAUGGGAGCUGCAGUCCAAAACUCCCAAUUAUUGCUAGCUCUGAUCUUGAGUGUUUUGGACUCCAGCUCCCAUUGGCCCCAAAUAAACAUGGCUUUUCAUAGACUUGGACUGAGUGAGGG